AUGCAUGAACCCUUGUUUGACUGGAUUAAAAUAGAAGAGCCUGAAGUUGAAGAUGAUACCAACUCCAGCGAAGAUGAAGUUAAUGUAAUAGAUAAAUUGAGUUGGGAACACGAGGUGGAUGAUGAGGAGUUUUCUAUGAAAAGGGCAAGAGCAAGUAUUCAGAAGAAAUACAUGUUUUUGAACAAACUUUGCCCAAAUGAUGAAGAGGAAGAAGAUCCUAAUGUUAAGCAACUACCUCCUAUGUACCCUAUGCACAAUUAUGAGCAACAAUGGGAUCAAAUGGCUCCUGAGUUAGGUAUGAAAUUCACCAAUCCUAGUGAACUCAAACAUUGUCUUACCAACUAUGCUGUUGAGCAUGGUUAUGAUUUGUGGUAUGAAAAUAAUGAUAAAAACAGACUUCUAGUGAAGUGUUGUGGGCUUCUUGGAUGCAAGAGGAAAGGACUUUUCAGAUUAAGUCACUUAAAUCAACUCAUAAUUGUGGUAGAGUUUUUAAAAUAG